AUGGCUGAUACCAAGGGUGCUGCCACCAACGCCGGCGAGGCGGCUCCCGCUGCUGGCCGCGUGGGUGCUUGGACCGAUACCGAGCGCUUCCAGCUUGUGCUGCGCGUCCUCGCGACUCUGCUGCCCGAUGGCAGGGGCGUUGAGUGGAAGAGAGUCAAUAUGGAAGGUCGCACUCUGAAGGCCAUGCAGGGCCAGUGGACCGCUAUUGUGGCUCAGAUGCGUGACCUCAACAUCAGCGAGGACGGCGAGGCCCCUGCUCCAAAGGCCAAAACCCCCCGCAAGGCGCUGGCCAAGAAGAAGACCGUCGCUGCUGCCGAAGAUGGCGAGGCGGCCGACGACCAGGAGGGCAGCGAGGAGACCAAGGCGGCCACCCCCAAGAAGCGCGCUGCUGCUGCGACCAACGCUGGCGGAACCCCCAAGAAGCGUCGCGCUCCGGCCAAUAAGGCUGCUAAGGUCAAGGCCGAGGCCGAGGCCGAGGCUGAGACCCAAGCCGAGACCAAGGAAGACAACGAUGCAUCCACCACCACCACCACCACCACCACCCUCACCCUUGCCUCCCCCCAGCUUUUUGGACGCCUACAAGAGCUCCUCCCGUUCUCACAACGCGGCUACUCCCGCAUAGCUUUAGCCAGUUCUCACAGAGACUUUAGCUAUAAGGCCACGCGACGAACCGUCUUCGCCCAGACUCGCCGCCCCUUCUUAGCAGCCGUCGGACCCGAUCCCUCGUCGACGCCGCAGCACAAAAACCAACCUUCCUCUACCCAAAACACAACGACCGAGACCACAAACAUGAACGGCAACAGCGCAUCGCCGCGCUCCAAGCGCAAGGCUCCUACGAGUCCCGAGGGUCUGCGACCGCAUAAGCAGCACCGCGCCCUGAACGGCAAGCUGUCUGCCGGCGACAAUACGCCCGAGGUUGAGCUCGUCGAGGAGGAAGAGGAGAGCGAAUUCGAGGAUGCAGCGAGGCUGAACGGCAUGUUUCCCAUCACGCAGGAGCCGGAGGCGUGGCAAAAGACCAUCGAGAACGUUGUCAGCAACGUCGUCUCCAUUCGCUUCUGCCAGACAUGCUCCUUCGACACGGACGCGGCCUUGACGAGUGAGGCAACUGGUUUUGUGGUGGACGCUCAGAAGGGAUACAUCUUGACGAACCGACACGUCGUUGGAGCCGGACCGUUCUGGGGUUACGUUGUCUUCGACAACCACGAGGAGGUUGCUGCGUACCCAGUCUACCGCGAUCCUGUUCACGACUUUGGUAUUCUACGAUUCGACCCCAAGGCUGUCAAGUACAUGAAGCUGAAUGCGCUGGUACUUCGUCCAGACCUUGCGAAGGUUGGUGUUGAGAUCAGAGUUGUGGGUAACGAUGCCGGAGAGAAGCUCAGUAUCUUGUCUGGCUUCAUCAGUCGUCUCGACAGAAAUGCGCCGGAGUACGGAGAAGGAUACAGCGACUUCAACACCUGCUACUAUCAAGCCAACGCGGCCGCAAGUGGCGGUAGUUCUGGCAGUCCGGUUGUGAACGUUGACGGCUUUGCCGUGGCUCUGCAAGCUGGUGGACGAUCCGAUGGUGCUUCGACAGACUACUUUCUCCCCCUGGACCGACCAUUACGAGCCCUUGAGUGCAUUCGCCAGGGCAAGCCCGUCACGAGAGGUGAUAUUCAGUGCCAAUUCCUCCUCAAGCCUUUCGACGAGUGUAGACGGCUCGGCCUGACUCCAGAGACGGAGGCCGCGACUCGGCAGCACUUCCCCAAGGACAACAAUAUGCUUGUUGCCGAAAUAGUACUUCCUAAGGGCCAGUCUGACCAAAAGAUCGAGGAGGGCGACAUCCUUGUCAAGGUGAACGGCGAGCGUGUGGGUCAAUUCAUCCGUCUGGAUGACUUGCUGGACUCGAAUGUCGGCCAAACCAUCCAUCUCCUGCUCCAGAGAGGCGGCGAGGAUAUUGAGGUCGAUGUCAAGGUUGGUGACCUGCACCAGAUCACCCCUGACCGCUUCGUAUCCGUCGCAGGUGCCAGCUUUCACAGCCUGUCAUAUCAGCAGGCCCGUCUAUACGGUGUUGCGUGUCAAGGUGUCUUCGUUUGCGAGGCGACUGGCUCUUUCAGAUUCGACAAUGCGGACAACGGCUGGCUGAUUCAGACCGUGGACCACAAGAAGACCCCUGAUCUGGAAACCUUCAUCGAGGUGAUGAAGACGAUCCCGGACAAGUCCCGCGUAGUUGCCACUUAUAAGCACCUGCGUGACCUGCACACUCUGAACACCACAAUCGUCUACGUUGACCGACAUUGGUCAGCCAAGAUGAAGAUGGCCGUCCGAAACGACGAGACGGGACUCUGGGACUUCACUGACCUUGCUGAUCCCCUCCCUCCCAAGCCGCCUGUUGCUCGCUCCGCUUCUUUCAUCCAGCUUGAGAAUGUGAAGCACACGGCCAUCGCUGACCUGGUGCGCAGCUUCGUCCAUGUCAACUGCACAAUGCCCGUCAAGCUGGACGGCUUCCCCAAGAACAGGAAGUGGGGCAUGGGCCUGGUGAUCGAUGCUGACAAGGGUCUCGUUGUCAUCUCAAGAGCAAUUGUGCCUUACGAUUUGUGUGAUGUGACAAUCACCAUUGCGGACUCGAUCAUCGUCGAGGGCAAGGUCGUCUUCCUCCACCCCCUGCAAAACUAUGCCAUCGUGCAGUACGACCCGAAGCUGGUCAAUGCUCCCGUCCAGAGUGCGAGGUUGAGCACGGAUAAUAUUACCCAAGGAGCUUCCACCAACUUCAUGGGAUACAAUAGGAUUGGAAAGAUUGUCCAUGCCUCUACUACAGUCACUGAGGUCACCGCCGUGGCUAUCCCGGCCAACUCUGGUGCACCUAGAUACCGUGCCAUCAACGUCGAUGCCAUCACUGUUGACACGAGCCUGAGUAAUCAGUGUGGAAGCGGUGUUCUCGUUGCCGACGACGGUACGGUUCAAGCCCUCUGGCUCACUUACUUGGGCGAGCGCUCUCCUUGCAGCAACCGUGAUGAGGAGUACCAUCUUGGCCUUGCCACGCCCACUCUGCUACCUGUCGUGUCUCAGAUCCAACAAGGCAUCGUUCCCAAGUUGCGCAUGCUAUCCGUCGAGUUCAGGGCCAUCGCCAUGGCUCAGGCUAGAGUGAUGGGCGUCUCUGACGAAUGGAUUAGCAAGGUCACCGAAGCCAACAAGACACACCACCAGCUGUUCAUGGUCAGCAAGCGAACCUUCGAGCGCAGUGAGCAGUCUAGUGCUCUGCUCGAGGGUGACAUCUUGCUCAUGCUCAAUGGCAAGGUCAUUACCAAGGUUUCAGAGCUGGACAUCAUGUACUCUCACGAGGUUCUCGACGCCGUCAUUGUCCGUGACUGCGAGGAGAUCCAAAUCAAGGCCCACACCGUCGCCGCCGACGAUGUCGAGACCGAUCAUGCCAUUUCCUUCUGUGGAGCCGUUCUGCACCGACCUCACCACGCCGUCAGACAGCAGAUUAGCAAGCUGCACAGCGAGGUGUAUGUCUCGGCCCGCACCCGUGGUUCGCCUUCUUACCAGUACGGCCUCGCGCCCACCAACUUCAUCACUCAUGUGAACGGCAAGGCGACGCCUGAUCUGGAGACCUUCCUCGCAUCCGUCCAGAAGAUCCCAGACAACACCUAUUUCCGGCUGAAGGCUGUCACUUUCGACAGCGUGCCUUGGGUCAUCACCAUGAAGAAGAAUGAGCACUACUUUCCCACAACGGAGUGGAUCAAGGAUCCGGCGGAUUCCUGCGGCUGGAGACGAAAGACGUACGAGGGCGGCAAGACGUACGAAGGCGAGGGUCCCGACGGUGUGCUCGACGCCGUGCUCGCCGUCACCGAGGACGCUGAGAUGGUUGACGAGGCCCCAGCCCCCAUGUAG